GGAGCCUCGGACCCACAGAGCGCCCCCAUGUGGCCGUUCCUCGCAGCCCUCCCCGCGGCGCUGCUGCUGCUGCCCCCAGGCACCCCCGCCUCUCCCUGGGCCGCCUGGAUGCCCCCGUCCCUCUCCUCCCUCUCUGGCACCUGCGUCUCCAUCCCGUGUCGUUUCGGCUACCCCGAAGAGCUUCGCCCCGCUUCCAUCCACGGCCUUUGGUACUUCGGGAGCCCGUACCCCAAACAUUACCCCCCCGUCGUAGCCCGUUCUCGGGGGGGCCCCGUUCACGAGAGCUUCGAAGGGAGGGCGAUGCUUUUGGGGGACCCCAAUCGUCGCGACUGCUCCUUGUUGUUGGGGCCCCCCAUAGGGCCCGAGUUGAGCGGUCGUUAUUACUUCCGGGGGGACUUGGGGGGCUACAACCAGUACAGCUUCGCCGAGCAUGCUGACCUCCGUGUGUUGGAGGAACCCACCCUCGAGCUCCCCCCGGCUCUGGUAGCCGGGCGCAUGGCGGAGUUUCGGUGCCGCGUGCCGGACAACUGCCCCCACCUCCUGCCCCACAUCUCCUGGGACGGGACCCACGAGCUUCCCGACCUUUCCCAACGGGAAUCCCGCCUCGACGCCCACGGCGACGCCUCCCUCCUGGCCCUGCUCCGCUUCCGGCCCCGACGCCACGACGACGGGCGCCGCCUCCGCUGCCGCGUGGACUUCGACAACAGCUCCUUGGCCUUCCAGGCCUCCGUGGCGCUCGAUGUGCACUUCCCCCCACAGGUGCUGUCGGUGGAGGGCCCCCCGGAGGCCUUGGAGGGCUCGGCGGCGGCGCUGGCGUGCGUUGCCGAGGGGCGGCCGGCGCCGUUGCUCUCGUGGUUCCGUGGGGCGGCCUUGUUGAGGGAGGAGCCGGGGGCCGAGCGCCUCGAGCUGCCCCUGCCCCACCUGGCCCCCGACGAUGCCGGCACCUACGUGUGCGUGGCCGAGAACCGGCACGGCAGCCACAACCGCAGCCUCGAGCUGCACGUGGCCUCCGAGCUCGGUGGCUCCCCUCUCCCAUUCCCCCCCCCUGCUUCCCCCCGGCUUCUGUGGCUCCUGGCCUCCGCCGUGGGGCUCCGUGGGGCUCCGGAGCCCGGGGGUCCCUUGGGGGCCCUGUCCCUGCAGGAGGCGGCGUGGGGCUGGGCCCGAGCUAUGGGGCAGGCGGAGGGGGCGCUGCGGGCCUGCCUGGGGCGCAGGCGGAUGCAGCUCCGGGCCUUGGCCUCCCUGGGCUAUGGGGCGCGGGCGGCGUCGGCGCGGGCCCUACGGGAGGCCGGGGGCGAUGUGGGGCAGGCCCUGGCCCUACUGCAGGCCCCACGGCUCCGAGGCUUCCGGCACCGCCUCUGGGACGCACGGAGCCACCCCAUGGAUUUCGAACAGGCCGAGGAGCACACCCUUAUUCGCCGCGCCUUGGCCGAACUGGGCCUUGCGAGCUGGGGCCGAGCCCAACUCUUCGUUGCCGUGGGGCGAGAACUGGGGCUGGGCCGUGCCCCACGCGCCCCACGGGAGCUCCUGGAAGCCGUGGGGAGCUGCCGGGACCCCGAGGAGCUGCGCCGGAGGCUGCGUUGCGAGUGCGCCGUGUGCGGGACCGCGCUGCCCAGGGAGCAGGUGGGGACCCAUAGAGACCCAUAG